AUGUCCCGCUCGCGUACACCGACACGCCGAAAGGUCUUGGUCAUUGGGACAGGAGGCACCAUCGCGUCCGAACCGACCGAGACUGGAUUUUCACCCCUCCGUAACGAUGCCUUCUUCCGCCGUAUCCGACAACAUCCCCUCCUCUCCGACCCGCUCUCGCCUUCCCAUGCCGCCUUCUCCGAACCGGUCGAGACGGUCCAGAUAGGCGCGAAUACCCGGUACCCCGCGCUAGUCACGCCGGCCAUGAAUGAUGUGGGGAGUGUGGUGGAGUAUGAGAUACUAGACUUGGGUCUACAUAUGGACAGCAGCGAGAUGACACCGGCUGAAUGGAACACCAUAGCCGCGCUCCUCUCGGAUAAUUGGGACCUCUACUCGGGCUUCAUCGUCCUAUCCGGCACCGAUACCCUUGCUUACACGUCCUCGAUCCUUACCUUCCUGUUUACGAACGCUGGCAAGCCUAUUGCAGUGACGGGUGCGCAGAUCCCACUCAGCCAGCCGAGAUCGGACGGGUGGGAGAACCUGCUCGAUUCGUUGGUAUUCGCAGGUGAGAGUGGGUGGGCAGGUGUCGGCGUUGUUUUUGGACAUCAGGUACUCAUGGGAUGCCGAGCGACCAAAAUCUCCGCCAACCUCUUCCACGCCUUCCAGACUCCCUGCGUCCCACCUCUGAUCAACAUGAAUGUCAAAAUGACAACCGACCAGAACCCUCAUUUACGACACCGCGACUCGGCCCUUCCCCCACGCACAAUCACCCUCCUAACCACACCCACCGUCCUCUCCUGCCACAUCUAUCCCGGCAUCACCGGCUCGCUGCUCUCUGCCCAGAUCGCCGCUCUGCCGGAGUGCCGUGCGGUCAUUCUGUCAGCGUAUGGGAGUGGAAAUCUGCCGAUCGGGGAGCGAAGCGGGGUGUUGGAGGCGCUAAAGGGGGCGGUGGAGCGGGAGAUCUUGGUGGUUGUGAUAUCGCAGUGCUCCAUACCGAAUGUGUAUCCCCUGUACACCCAGGGACGGACACUCAUCUCGAUAGGCGUCCUGCCGGGCUACGACCUGACGCACGAGGCGGCAUUCGCAAAGCUACUAUGGCUUGUGAGCCGGAAAGACUUGAGCUUCAAGCAGAGGCAGGAGCUAUUUGAGACACCAGUUGCGGGGGAGAUGACCGUCAUAUGA